AUGGAACAGGCGAAGGUAUGGGUGGUGUCAGGAGUCCUUGUAAACAUGAUGGCUCAAGGCGUUGUGGUAAGCUACGCGUUCAGCCUGAUGCCGGCCUUACAAGGACCUGAUUCUCCUGUGGAGGUUGAUCUACACACUGCUUCGUGGAUUGCGUCCUGUGUUGGCCUGGCUUCAAUACCAGGACAUUUUCUGGCAUCCGCCUUUAUGGAUCGUUGGGGACGAAAAGUCACAAAUAUGUUGUUAAUCCUGCCCGGAAUGAUCGGUUGGACAUCAAUCUACUACGCAUCCUCAGUAGCGGCAUUUUUAAUUGGACGGAUUCUAUGUGGUAUCACAGUGGGAGCUACACCUGGUCUUGGAGCCAUUGUCAUUGGUGAAUGUUCAAGUCCGAACCUUAGAGGAGUAUUCCUGAACCUUAAGUCAGUUUCGGUAUGUCUGGGCAGUACGAUUGUACAUUUACUCGGUAACUAUGUUUCGUGGAGAACGAUAGCUUUGUUAGCUAUCAUACCUCAUAUUCUUGCGUUGUUAAACGUCAUGACCUGGCACGAAACACCUGCUUUUUUGGCAUUUAAAAAGGAGUUUGGAAAAGCUGAGAAAUCUUUCUUCUGGCUUAGAGGACGUGACGAUAAUUCAAAAAAGGAACUUAAUGAAUUAAUAAGAUCACAAAUGAAUAAGGUCGACAAUCAGAAAGUCACAACUCUAACGGAAAACAUUGUAGAUUUCUUCAAGAAAUUUAAAAGAAGAGACUUUUUAGUUCCGAUUCUUAUAUUAAUUUCCGGUACCUUGCUUUUGGAAGUAUCUGGAAGACAUUUUUUUCCUGCUUACGCGUUAGAUAUCAUAGGAGAAGUAACGGUGUUUGGAAGUAGUAUGGCGGUGUUACUCUCGAUAUUGUACUUUUUAGUGCCAGAGACCAAAGAUAGGACGUUGCAGGAAAUUGAGGAGUAUUUUAAUUAUGGAAGGUUCAAAGAUGAUGAACAAUUUGAAAAAGGAGAUGAGGCAUCUAAAGUUGUCAUGCUUCCUGAGACAGAAGUGAAGUUAUGA